AAGGAUCAUAACGACGGAGAUCUGAAAAGUGAAAACGGAGAGAUGGCGAUCAAAGCGGGAAAGGUUCUCAGAACGGCGUCGUCUGCCUCUAGGAAGUUCUUAGCAUCACAGCCGUCUCCUCCAGCCGUAUCAUCGCUGGAUCAAGCCACACCGCGAGGUGUGACUCCAUCUUCCGCUGUAGGAGCAUUUCUUGGUAUUCACGACGUUCCUCGCUCCACCACCGAUAUGUUGAUCUCAAAGUACAUCAGACUCUCCCAGAACCGUUUGACGAAGAAGGGUGAUUUCACAGAGGAGAAGCUAAUGACAAUGUUGUCUGGUAAUAUCGGGAUCAGUGAGACUGUCAAGUUACUUGAUGGUCGGAAAACUAGCGCUGACUUUUCUUCUCUAAAGUCAACCAACAUCCCAUCCAUUGCCAAGCCCAAGAAAAAGAAAUAAAAUUCCUCUGUUUUCUUUCACUUUUUUUAACGAAUCAUAUAAAGCUUCAAGCUUUUGCAUUUCUACUCUUGCAAGUUUGUUUCUUUUUGAGUUUCAAACUAGUUGCUGAACAUAUUUAUUUAUUAUGGAUUCACUCAGAACACAGUUUUUGGUUGUUGUUAUCAACUGUCUCAAAACAUGAAUGAGUAAUAACAUUUGAGAAG